UAGUGUAGUAGAGUAUUGUAGAGUACUCUGUACUUAGUACAUGCUAAUACUAAGUACUCUAAAUUUCAUCCCUCGAACGGAUUUUACAAGAAUUAGCCAGCAUAUCAGUAGACAAUAUUGGUUAUAUCAGUCGAGAAGAGCGACUUGAGUAGACUAGAGCUUGGAGCAGAGCAGCAGACGCAGACAUCAGACAUCAUCCAUUCCCAUGCUCCAUUACAAUCCAAAGUGAUAAAUUCAAACAAAGAACAAAGUAAAGACUGCUUAGUGUAUUAAUAAUUUAUUAUAAAUUAUAAGUUAAAUAACCAGAGUUUAAAAGUUUUAAAUCAAAAUCAACGGUAACAAUUCAAUAUAAUUAUUUAUUUAUAUACUUAAUUAAUUUAUUCGCACGAUGGAUAAUGAUAUUUUACGUCAAAUAUGGACUACAUUCAAAGAAUUAUCUCAAGAAGUUCCAUUCAAUAGUAAUGAUAUUGAACCUCAUUUUGCUCACAACACGGAUGAUAAUGUUCCAAUAAGAAAAUUAUUUAUUGGAAAUUUAGCAGAACGCACAACGAACAAAGACUUGGAAAAAUUAUUUAGUGCCUAUGGAAAAAUAGAAACUUGCUAUGUGAAAAGAGUUGAUGGUAGAAGUCAUUUUGGUUUUAUAACUUACAGUGAUGUCGAAAGUACAGUUCAGGCACGACGAGCUGCUCAUAGAAUGGAAAUAAAAUUACACGCCCGAGUAUUGCGUGUCACUGCUGCAGACUCUUGGCACCAGCCAGAUAGUAUCGAAAAUCGCAAAAGGUUUUCAGCAAAAAAACAAAAUAAAAAUGAUAUUGAAACGGCCGUAGCGGAAGUAGCUGAGCUUGAGUCUAAUAACGAUUCGGAUUCACCCAUUAAUAAAUUGAAUGAUGAUUGUUUGAUUGAAGUAUUUUUAUAUUUACCAAUUGCUGAUAGAAUACGAAUGGAAAGAGUGUGCAAACGUUGGCAAGCAUUAAGUCAGGAGUCUUGGCACUCAGUUAAAUACUUAAACUUAUCAAAAAAGUCCUGGGGCCUGUCACCAAAAAUUCGGGUGCAAGUUGUCGAUACAAGUACUCUCCGCAAAGUGUUGGUCCGUUGUGGUAAAUUUCUAACACAUUUAGAUUUGUCACAGGUGUCACAUUUAUUAAGCUCCAGUACUUUAACAAUAAUUGGUAAACUCUGUCCAAAUAUACAGUUUUUAAAUAUAACUGGAUUAUCAUUAUCUCCAUCAGGAAUAAAUUCACUGAUGACAAACUGCCGAAAUAUAACAAAAUUUAUGAUGAAAACACUUACGGGACCAUGUGAGCGCGAGUUAUCACAAUUAUUUUCAGCAAAUAAAAAGUUAAAAUACAUAUUAAUUGAUGGAGAUGAAUAUAUGUGCGGCAAAUCGUUUUCAUCACUGCCCCAUGAUGUUGUUGAAGACUUACAUUUAAUUAGAUGCACAGCAUUAUUGUCAAAUUAUUUUGAUGUAGGAAUAAAUCAUCUAACAAAUUUAAAAUCAUUAACGCUUGAUGUGUGCGUGUGUCUUACAGACUCGACCUUAGAAGUUGUUGGUAAAAAAACAACAAUAACAAAUUUAGAAUUUCGUGGUAUGCAUCCAUUGAUAUCAUCAAGUUCAUUAAAUCAUUUAGUAAAUUUAAUGAAUCUACAACGACUGUGUCUCAACGAUAAUAUUGUGGUAAAUGAUGAUUUUUUGAUAAACUUAUCAUACAACUGCAAACAAUUAAAUUAUUUAGAUUUAACCAGCUGCCAUUUGGUAACUAAUCGUGGUAUUAAUUCAUUAAUAACUUUAAUUAAAUUAGAAACUCUGAUAAUUAAUUUCGUAACAAAAGUUGAUGAUGAUGCUAUUGCCAAUUUUCAAAGUCUCAAAGUAUUUAAAUGUUGGGGGUGUAAAAAUGUUACGGAUGUAAGUAUUAUAAAUUUAAUAAAUAAUGCGCCUCAUUUAAUUUAUCUCGAUUUAUCAGCAACUGCAAUUACUUGUGAGUCGCUUCAUACCGCUGUUGCUGUAACAAAAAAAAGAAAAAAUAAUUGUGUUCUUAAAAUGAUUAUCGGUGGUACCUUUACCCAUUCAUCUGAGGUUAAAGAAAUUUCACCUUUAUUACAAAUCGUUAAUCUUGAUUUAUCGGUUUUAGAUAAUAAUACUAAAAAAUAUGAGUAUUUAUCAUUUAAUUAAAAAUUUAUUUAUUUU